CAGCCUCUUCAUAUCACAGCUCUCACUCUCUCUCUCCCAAUCUCAGAGACUCGUUCAGAGGCGAGACCACAAAACCACCACCUUCUCCCUUUUAACCUUUCACACCUACACGUACGGAGAGCUUCCUGUACUUCCUCGCAAGUUCGAGCUCCGGAUUCAAAUUGAAGAAGAAGAAGAAAUGAAAACCCUAAUUUCGCUUUGAAUCGGAGGAGCUGUUUCACUUUCGCUCCAUGACCGGCUUCUAAGCUUGAAUUCCUAGCAAUGUCAGUCGCGGAGCUCAAAGAGCGCCACGUGGCGGCGAGCGAGACCGUCAACUCGCUCAGGGAGCGCUUGAAGGAGAAGCGAGCCUCGUUGCUCGACACAGAUGUGGCUGGGUAUGCAAAGUCUCAGGGGAAGACUCCGCUCACUUUUGGCCCCACCGAUCUCGUUUGCUGCAGAACCUUGCAAGGUCAUACAGGAAAGGUCUAUUCAUUAGAUUGGACCUCUGAAAAGAAUCGAAUUGUCAGUGCAUCUCAAGAUGGACGUUUGAUAGUAUGGAAUGCACUAACAAGCCAGAAGACUCAUGCCAUAAAGCUGCCUUGUGCAUGGGUCAUGACUUGUGCUUUCUCACCGACCGGACAAUCCGUUGCUUGUGGUGGUCUGGAUAGUGUUUGCUCUAUUUUCAACCUGAAUUCCCUGUGUGACAAGGACGGGAAUCUACCUGUAUCAAGAACUCUUAGUGGACAUAAAGGUUAUGUUUCCUCCUGUCAAUAUGUUCCAGAUGAGGACACUCACCUGAUUACUGGAUCUGGUGAUCAAACAUGUGUUUUGUGGGAUAUUACUACUGGCCUCAGGACUUCAGUUUUUGGAGGUGAAUUUCAGUCUGGACACACUGCAGAUGUACUGAGUGUAUCCAUCAAUCAAAGCAACUCAAGAUUGUUUGUCUCUGGUUCUUGUGAUGCAACUGCCCGAUUGUGGGACACUCGUGUUGCAAGUCGAGCAGUGCGGACGUUUCCUGGUCAUGAGGGAGAUGUGAAUGUGGUGAAGUUCUUUCCAGAUGGAAAUAGAUUUGGAACUGGCUCAGAUGAUGGAACUUGCAGGUUAUUUGACAUCAGGACUGGGCACCAGCUCCAAGUAUAUCACCAGCAACAUGGUGAUAACGACUUCCCACCUGUGAAAACCAUUGCAUUCUCAAUAUCAGGAAGGCUUCUCUUCGCUGGAUACACAAACAGGGAUUGCUAUGUAUGGGAUACUUUAUUGGCAAAGGUGGUUUUGAACUUGGGAUCCCUCCAGAACUCACAUGAGGGCCAGAUUAGCUGUUUGGGUUUGUCAGCUGAUGGAAGUGCCUUGUGUACAGGAAGUUGGGAUACAAAUUUAAAGAUAUGGGCGUUUGGAGGCCAUAGGAAAAUAAUUUAAGCCUAUUAGGGAGCAAACAUCUCCUUUUUGUAUCCUGAAUUUCAGCUUCUCUCAGACCCACGGUUCUCGAUGCCUCUCUCGCAUAGUAUAUCCUUUGUACCUUUCUGUGUUGUUGAUGAAGAUACUGGGUAUGAGAAACUAGAAUCUUCUAAUGUGUUGCUUGUUGUAACCCACUCAUUGGAAAGACUGACAAUUUUAAUAUUGAGCAAAAGAUGCAUAUACGUUUCGUGAGAACUUGGGCUUGAGAAACCUCCUCUUCUGCUCUUUGCCUGAAUAUUUUCCCUCCUCUGUAGCUACCAAUCUCACACCAUGUAGCUUUCCAUUAGAAUGUUGUAAAUGACUGUUUCUUCUUCCAUGUAUGGUUUUCUUUCCCGGUAUAUUUUUACACAUUGAUGCGGUUAUUUUGUGUUAAA